AUGCAUUUGUGUGUGAUGGAAAAAAAUAAACUCAGUGCAAACUUUCAGCUUUCACCGCCAAUAUUGCCUUCAACAGUAAUAUCGCCAAGUGCUCCGAAUCAAUCUACUCGUCAUCCAGAUUAUUCGCAGUCAGAUCGAACACCAGAUCAAAAACUAUUUGGUGCGGCAGUAUCAGGUGAUUUAAGUGAUGAAUGCUUAGUUAAUGGUCUAUACAUCAGCACCGAAUCGAAACACACAACGGGUUCGUCUGUAUCAUCAGCCACAUCUCUAGGCUUAUUGCCAUCCGAUAAUAUCAAUAAUAAUAACAAUAGUAAUAAUAACUUAAAUAAUCCGAAUACUCUAUCACCAAUCAACAAAAGUGCCACAUUGGAGAGUACAGUCAGCAAAAGUAACUCGACUACCACCAAACCAACACAACAACAUCAUUCAAAUACACCGAAAAAACACUCUGCUAUACUACGACCGUUCUUGAGAAAAAAGACUAAGCGAAGUACGUCGCGAGGCGAUAGCAGUGGUGUAUUGUCAUCAUCAGGGAGUGUUGUCGUGUCGAAAGGUGACGAUCAGCAUAAUCCAGUUGAUACAAAAGACAGCGACAGUAAAUUAGCAUCGUCGAAUAAAUUGAAUGAAGUAAUGAAGAGAAGCGCAUCACCUCUAACGCAACCCGAGGGAAUAACGCUACCCAAAAACGAUUUACGUCAUUCAUCCAACGCAAUUCACUCACCCAAUAAUGUCACCAUCGCGGAUGAAUCGCGUAAACUAUACGGAGUGCAGUUCCAUCCAGAAGUGGAUUUGACAUUGAAUGGACGUGAGAUGUUCGAGUCGUUUUUGUUUGGUAUAGCGGGCUGUAACGCUGACUUCACGAUGGGUAACAGAGAGCAGUUGUGUAUCGAUGAAAUUAAGAGUGUUGUGAAGGACAAGAAGGUUUUGGUGAUGGUAUCGGGUGGAGUAGAUUCAACGGUAUGUGCAGCAUUGAUGCGUAAGGCUCUUGGACCAGAGAAAGUGAUCGCGAUUCAUAUCGAUAACGGCUUUAUGCGAUACAACGAGAGCAAUCGUGUCAUCGAUGCACUGAACAAGAUCAACUUGAAUGUCAAGAGAUACAACGCAUACUACUCGUUCAUAAAUGGUUCUGUUACUAUAAACGGUAAGAAAUCAGAAUCACUGCUGCGUGUCACUCAACCUGAAUUGAAGCGUAAAAUUAUCGGUGAUACUUUUAUGAAGGUUAAGGAUAUGAUAAUGGAUGAGGUAUGUUUUUAUUAG